AUCAUGACCCAGACAUAGUACAUUCUGUUAUGUCUGCCCCUCUUUCUUGGAUAGUGAAUGACUCCCCACCUUAUUUGAUUCUUUCUGAUUCUGAUUCAGAUUAUUAUAAUCCUCCAUGUAAAAAGUUACAAACUACAGUGCCACGAAGCAUGGCCAUUAUUCCUUCUGUCGGUGGCCCUCCAUGUCCAGAAAGCAGCACUGAGGUUCUCCAAGGAUACAGCACUGGAGAAAAACAGAAAGAACAAGCAUUUCCCAGCAAAUGUACUCAACCAGAAACUCUGUUUAAUUCAGCCCCAUUCUCCUCUGAAAUAGUCCAUCUAUAUCCAGAAGAUAGCCCUGUUGUUGGUCAGGGCUUUACUUACAUCACUCGAGAAAGCCUAAAAAAAAGGUGCAUGUGCAUUUCCGGUGCAGUCAGAAAGUGAGCCUGGAGGUGACCAUAGUGCUGUAGAAGAAACAGGGCCACCUGUUACUGAAGAGCAGGACUCAAAUGAAACCUUUCUGCCUGUCGAUUUUCACACCACUGACUUUGAUUAUAACACUUAUGAAGCUCUGUCCGGGCAUUUCAUACGUACAAUCAAACAUUCUCCCUCGUCCCCCGUCUACACUAAUAUUCAUCCUCAGCCCCUCAAUUUGGUUCCCCCUACUCCUAUUAAUUAUAAACCCCGGAAGAGAAACUCCAGAGGCCACAGCUGCAGAAGUAAGAAAAAACAUAAGAAAGAUUCCUUUAAUAUUGCUUCUGCCAUCGACUCCCCUGACUACAUGUUAGAUCAACCUUCACCUGGUACAAUCACAGAAACAGGAAUGAUAAAAAAUCACCCCUCUGCGGCAGAUGCUACGCCAGGAGACAAUCAGGAUAAUACCAAGGAAAUGGAGCCACGUGCAACUGCUGGUCCCUCCACCCUUCAACUCUCCACCAACGAUGAUUCAGACUCUGCUGCAUUCUAUGACAGAGAAAGGGAUGAAGCGUCUGGUAGCAUAGAUUGUGCAUUAUUUUUCUACGGUGACUUAAAAAAUUAUUUUAUAUCAGACAAUAGCUUACAGUUUCCAAACAGAACAGACACAGAUUGUGUUUACCCCAGAUUUAACUCCAGUUAUGUCUGCACUGAAGGAAGCAGAGUACAAGAUGCAUGUGAGCUGUUGUCUGUGCAGCCUGGCAUCGAGUCAGGAGGUGACGGUGUCCUGGUGGAAAUGGAGGCACCUGUUACAGCUGUGAACUGCUCAGUCACAGACACCCAGCAAACCCAUUCUCACCUCCAAACCUCCUCCUCAGAUCCCGGUCGGAGUAAAAGAGCCUCCAGCUGUUUGCCUCGUUCUCACAGCGUUCCCUCGCUGAGUCAAAUAACCUCUGCAAAGAACCAGAGCUUUACACGAGCAGAGAGCUUACCUGCCAUGCUGCUAAAAAGCAGCUUUGAGGAGUUCACGCCUGAUAUCGCUGCUGAUGAAAACGAUGAAACCUACAGGUUCCAGUGCUCCUGCCCAGGCCUGUACCAGUGCAGCGUGACAGGCCUGGUGUUCCACAUGGAGGGAGCAGGGGACGUGGUCUACAGGGUCGUCCCUUGGAACAGGAGGCUACUGGCCCAACAUCACAAGCAGCCUGCAGGACCCCUGUUUGACAUCCAAUGUCUGCAGCAGUCUGUGUGUCAGCUUCAUCUCCCACACUGUGAGAUCCGCUCCACAGGUGGAUGUGAAUUCUUGUCAGUUGCUCACGUGAAUGAUGAGGGCAUGGAGUUCAUCGGCCCUCGUAAGAUCACAGAAACUCAUGUUAUUAUAAACAUCACGGGGUUUUCUGGUUUCGGUAAUGUCAAGGAUGAAGACUCACCGCCCGACCCGGUCCGAGCGCUGGUUCUGCUGUUCUACAGGCCCCCGGCUGAUCCGGAUCCCACAUCCCUCCUCAAUGUGUUGCUGCUACCGAGGAACGUCGUGCUCCGGGAUGUGCUGCGCACCAGGAAGAAAUUAGUUGGAGAUGAGCUCUACGUAGAGACAUCCCCACACUGUAAGCUGCACCCAAAGCAGGAAUACACACUGUCCACUUGUCCUGAAGACGACUCCGUUCUAGUUCAGCCAACAGAAGCAGAAUUUGACUGUGACGACUACGACAACUACUACCUCCCAUCAUUCCAGGUGAGUUUAGACAAAAUCAUGAAACAUAUUAAACUGUUUCUGAGAGACACCAACAGCUCCCACAGCGUCUGGGAAAGACGAGUUUGUCUCUCGUCCUCUGGAGUAAGAAGGUCCUGUGGGCCGAGCGCUCUGAAUCUCCCUCCAAAUGAGAGGCUGUCGGCCAUACGGAGCAGCUUCAUCGAUGGGAUAUCAGGACCUGUUCUCAAAAGUCUGCUGGACAAACUGAAUGAGAAAACGGUGCUGGCUGAUUCUGAGAGGGAGGCAGCGGACGAGAUGCAGCACAAUAGAGACAAAGCUCGUUUUGUUAUCGACACGGUGAGGAAGAAAGGUGAAGCUGCUGGUUCAGAGAUGAUUGAGUGUCUCUGUGAGAUGGACCCCUUCCUCUGUGAACACCUCGACUUGAUCUGAAGAUAAAUGAACAGGCGAUGCAGACA